GCAAGCUCCAGCUCCGCAGCUCAAUAAACGGAGAGAAGGCAGCAAUACCUCUAAUUCGUGUCAGCUAUUCCCUGCUAUGGUCAAUUUGGCCUAGCCUACAAUAUUUACGGUCCUCCUCAUCCCGUCGCAGCGGCAUAACCAUGGCAGAAGUUUCGCAGCAGCAGCAGCCACCACCACCCCCUCUCCCGCCGCCGCAGUCCCAAUCGCAGCAGCAGGCACCUCUUCCCUGCCAGAAAGUGGCGGACAUUGCUCGUAGUUUCCGUCCCACGAAGGCGUUCAAAUUAUCGAAGCAAGAUUCGUCCAGUUAUGUAACCUCGCUAGAUUUUGACGACCAGGGUGACUACUUGGUAUCUUCAGGGGAUGAUGACACCAUUCAGAUCUUUGAUGUCAAGGAAGGCAAAUCCACAAAAUCGGUCCCCAGUAAAAAAUACGGAGCGCAUCUCGCGAGAUUCACGCACCAUUCCCGCCAGGUCCUUCACGCAAGUACAAAGGUUGAUGACUCUCUGCGAUUGCUUAACCUACACAAUGAAGGAUACGUGCGUUACUUCUCCGGCCAUACGGACAAGGUGACAUGUCUGGCUGUCUCCCCAGGCAGUGACGCCUUUGUCUCAUGUUCCAAGGAUAAUACUGUUGCGGUAUGGGAUCUCAGUUCGAGAAAUGCGCAGGGAAAGUUGAAACUUGCCACCCCGUACCUUGCUGCAUUUGAUCCUUCCGCUUCUGUUCUUGCAAUUGCGUCCCAGUCGACUUCAUCGAUAUUACUCUACGACUUCCGGAAUUAUGACAAGUCUCCUUUUUCUACUUUCGAUCUAGCGCCUUAUGAAGAAAGAUACACACCUUCUACAAGGGGAAGAGCCUGGACCCGCCUCGAAUUUUCAAAUGACGGGAAGCAUUUACUGGUCGGAACUGACUAUCACGGACAUUUCGUCCUUGAUGCCUUUGAAGGCUCUGUGAAGGCGUUCUUGGUUGGCAAGAAUGGCUCGCCUGGUAGAGCUGCUCCGGUUUCGACAACAGGAAAGCCACUCGGUCAGGGAGACGCUUGCUUUACUCCGGACGGACGAUUUGUUCUUGGAGGCUCUGGCGACCACCCGGAUGUUCUUGUAUGGGACCUGCAGCAGCCGCCAGAUUCCAAUUGCAUUUUACAGCCAAUGAGCAAGUUGCCCCACCGUGGCCGUACUGCUAUGAUCGAGUACAACCCGCGGUACAAUAUGAUGGCUACUGCUGAUAAGGACAUUGUCUUCUGGCUGCCGGAAGAGGGCUCGAGAGCCCCCGAGAAGUAAUACUAGUGCCCAAUGACUCCGGAAAAUCGGAGGGAGGUUACUGAAACCUUGAAUUUGGCUUUGCGGCGGCCUCCGUACCUGCUCGGCAAGUAAAAUGG